UUAAGUUACCGCUGGACUUAGCGCAACGUGCAAUGAUUAAAUCUCAAAAUGAGAAGUAGUAAGCGACUACAGGAGAAAAAAACUGCGAUUUCUUCCGAAACUGAAGGAAGUAGUCAAGAGGAAACUGCACCUAUUGAAACUAUUGAGUCUACUUCGAAAGAAGAUGAGUACAUUGCGUUAAAAAUUUCAACCAGUGAAGAUGAAGAGACUGAUGAGCAAGGUUUUUGUGUGGACAGGAUAGGAAGUUCACAAGAUGAGCUACAAGCAAAUGCAGAGAACUUUUCAUCUCUGUCUGAAACAGAUGAAUUUCUUAGUAUUCCAGAAGAAUUUAAACGAAAAUUAAAAGGUCCUUCAGAGCUGUCAUCAGAACUGCAAGUUGACAUCAAUACACAAGAUUUAUAUCUCAAGUUAGACAAGGAGAGGUUUAAACCUGUUACAACAAAUGAAAGCUUUGAUGAUGUCUGUAAUUACAGAGAGCUGUUGAAAAGAAGUGUGAUCACAAGUGACUUUGAAAAAAGACAGUCGAUUCCUCCAAUGCAUGUCUCACAAUAUGCUCAGAAGAAACAAAGGAAGAAAGCUAGAGAGGAGACUGCAGGACCAAAGUGGUUUAAUCUACCAGCAACUCAGAUUACGCCAGAGAUUGAACGUGACAUGAAGUUAAUGAAGAUGAGAAAUGUUUUAGACAAGAAACGCCAUUACAAGAAGAAUGAUUCCUCGGCAUUACCCAAGUAUUUCCAGAUUGGUACAGUGGUGGAGGGUUCAGCAGACUUCUAUUCAUCUCGAAUUCCAAAACGGCAACGAAAGACAAACAUGAUAGACGAGCUUCUUGCAGAUGCUGAAUUUAGGAGAUACAACAAGAAAAAAUACUUAGAAAUUCAAGCUGCAAAGCAAAGUGGAAAGAAAGGAUUUUAUAAAAAGAAAAAGAACAAAAGAAAACCAACUUCAUUGAGAAGUUGAGGCUGUGACUGUGACCUUAACACAUUUUUUACAGACACAAUGGGUCACUUUUCAAAUAUUUAUCCAUUAUUGACUUGUCAGUAAUGUAUAUUUUAUUUAUAAUCAGGAUGAAAGGCUAUGCUAUCAAAUCAGUAAAUAAACAUUUCAAGGUUCUUUCAGUGAAAUUCAAUUUUAGAUCUGCAAAGUUUUUUGGAAUCUUUACCUUAGAAAUUAUGUACAUGAAUACAAUGAAAUUAGAUCAAUCUUCCUGACCCUGAAUCAUUACUCAAAGGAUGGGAGGGUAGUUUUGUAGGAGUAAAUAAUAGUAUUUGACUAAAUUCAAAGCUGAUCUCAUUGCAUCAUAAUGAUGACCAGAAAUGACCAAUAAACAAUAAUCCCUUAUUUCUAAAUUAGUCAGAUGAGUUCAUUCAUUUACUAGCUCUUUUUCUAUAGCUACUACAGAACAGACAAUACGCAUCAUAUAGAUGGAAUAAACUCAUGGUUGCCACA